UUUCACGCUGUCAUCUAUUGCACACAAUGGGGGAGAACAUUUCAAUAAAUAACAGUUUGAGGCGAAAAUAGUCUCAGUAUAGCAUAUAUAAUGUUUCAUAUUCUCUUAGAUGGAGAGGAAAAGUUAUGAGUGGGGUAGGCUAGACGCAUGGAUGAUGAGAAUGAUAAAUUCCCACUCGAUGUGUCAGCUGCUUACAAACGCAGCUUAAUAUCAACAGCACGCUUCUCCUCAAGGAAGGCACAGCCAAAUCCCUAUUAUUUUUUCUAGCCCCAGCUUUAUUCCAAGUAGCCCUGAGGACGUGAUGAAGCCCAUCCCACUCCGUCCCCCCCUAAAUUCACUGCGCCUGCCGGAACGCAGCAGGACGCGUUUGGGCGCUCGCUGGAUUUUGCCGGCUCCCCGUUUUCCAUUCAGCCAGCCGCUGUAAUAACCUCCAAGGUAGAUCUGAUGCCCCUUUUCAGUAAGCAUCGAGGCAGACACAAAGGAACUUGCUUCACUUUUUUUUUUUAUUUAAGGGUGACCGACUUCACCAAGGGCUCCACCGUCAGCCGCUGGAUAGCAGCCUCCAACGUGAAAAUCUAGUCUCUCCUCUUGGAUAUUCGUGGCUGUUUCACCGCGUGUCUUCAAUUUGACUAUCGAUAAGUUUCUAAUCAGAUUUGAGGAGCGUUGCGUCAUCGGAGGGGGAAGAAGUCUGGGGCGGCCGAAUCCACUGCGAGGAGCUGCUGAUGUCUUAAUGGACCGCCGAAUGGUUAAAUGACACAGCGAUGAAUGUGUGUGUGAUUUCUCUCCCAUGAUAUAGCCCCUAGAAGAUAUAGCCUAUCUGGAGCCGCAGCAGCUGCCUGUCUGCCUGACAGUCGCCCUUAAUGCAUAGCCUUUGCAGGGUCAAGAUGCAGUUUCGGACUGUGCUGGACGUGAAAGUCGUGGACGUGGAGAAGAGGCGCAAUCCGUCUAAACACUACGUAUAUCUCAUCAAUGUCACCUACUCUGACAACACAUCCCACAUCAUCUACAGAAGAUACAGCAAAUUCUUUGACCUACAGAUGCAGAUACUUGACAAGUUCCCAAUUGAGGGAGGGCAGAAAGACCCCAAGAAGAGGAUCAUCCCAUUUCUCCCAGGCAAAAUCCUGUUCCGGAGAAGCCAUGUGCGAGACGUGGCCAUGAAGCGACUGCGUUUCAUCGACGACUACUGCAGGGCGCUGGUGAGACUCCCUCCACAGAUUUCUCAGAGUGAGGAGGUGCUGCGCUUCUUUGAGACAAAAGCUGAGGACGUCAACCCCCCUGUGGAGGACUAUGGCUCCAAGCGCAAAUCGGUAUGGAUGUACGGCUUUACAGACAGCCCGAGGAAAGAGGCCUCAGGGAUUGACAGCUCGGAGCCCAUGGUGCUGGAGCAGUACGUGGCCGUGGCCAACUACGAGAGGCAGGAGAACUCCGAGAUAAGCCUUAAAGCUGGGGAGACGGUGGAUGUGAUCGAGAAGAGCGAAAGCGGCUGGUGGUUUGUCAGCACAGCAGAGGAGCAGGGCUGGGUGCCGGCCACAUACCUGGACUCCCAGAAUGUAACCAGAGACGACUUGGAUCUGGGCACCUCGAGGACCGGGGAAGUUACUAAGAGACGCAAGGCACAUCUGAAGAGGCUGGACCGCCGCUGGACUCUGGGGGGGAUAGUGAACCGUCAGCACAGCAGAGAGGAGAAAUAUGUGACAAUACAGCCGUACACCAGCCAGGGGAAAGACGAAGUCAGCUUUGAGAAAGGGGUCACCGUGGAGGUCAUCCAGAAGAACCUGGAGGGCUGGUGGUUCAUCAGAUAUUUAGGAAAAGAGGGCUGGGCCCCUGCCUCCUACUUGAAAAAGGUAAAGGAGGACUUCUCCCCUCGAAAGAAAACCCUGACGGGCCCCGUGGAGAUCAUCGGCAACAUCAUGGAGAUCAGCAACCUGCUGCAGAAGAAGUCGGUUAGCGAGAAGGACAUCCAGACGGACGGAGAAGCCGGCACCUCGCCCGAGCGGCACAUCUCGAAGAGCGAGAUCAGCCUGCCCAUGCCCUAUAACUCUGAGAUCAACGCUGAGACGGGCAGGAGGCUGAGUGCGGGGCGGGACACCAACAGCCCGUGUCUGGGAAUAGCAGCGAGCGCCGCACUCAGAGAGAGUAAAGCAAGAGGCGAGCCAGGGUCCCCAGCUGUUGCUAGAGUGGCGCCUCAUCGAGUGGAAAUUGGCUCUCCAAAUCUGAGGCAAAAACCUCCCCCAAGAAGAGAAGCCAACCUCGGAUUCCAGUUACCUAAGCCACCAGAGCCCCCUGCUGUGGAAGCAGAGUAUUACACCAUAGCAGAUUUCCAGUCCUCAAUCUCCGAUGGCAUCAGUUUCCGUGGAGGACAAAAGGCUGAUGUAAUAGAGAAGAACCCUGGGGGCUGGUGGUAUGUGCAGAUCGGAGAGAUGGAGGGCUGGGCCCCGUGCUCCUACAUUGACAAGCGCAAAAAGCCAAACCUCAGCCGCCGGACCAGCACCCUGACUCGGCCCAAAGUCCCACCCCCCGCACCACCUGUCAAAAAGCAAAACUCUGAAGAAACUCCCACUCCUGCUAGCUCUGUUCCUAAAGUCGCAGAGCCGCAGAGCAGGCCUGUGUAUGAGGAGCCUGAAUAUGAUGUCCCUGCCGUCGGCUGUGAAGGUGAAUCAGACACAGAUUCCCUGAAGGAUGAGCGCUCCCUGGAUGUGAAGAUCAGCAACGUGGUCGGUGACAAGUAUCGCAGCUCUCCUCCGUCCUGUAAGGCCUCUCCUCCUGUCUGCAAAGCGUCCCCCGUCUUCACUCGCAGACGAACUUCCUUCAGAUCCGUCGAGGAGGUCGGAAAAGAAGAAUGCAUCUACGAGAACGACGGCUUCAGGUCGAGCAGUGGCGGCAAAGGCACUGCUGUCAAAGGUGCCAGUGAGCCAAAUUCCCCAAGGAUCUACCAUUCCUCCACAGUUCCACGCAAACCCUCCGGAUCCUCACCUUUAGCGGGCAGACCCAUGAAGACCAUGACUCCGGAGAUGAACAGGAGAAGCCAGACCCUGGGCAGGCACAUAGACAUCAGCCUCAGGUCUCAGGAUAACAGCCCACAUUCUUCAUCAGACGAGUUGACCAGAGGACCCAAGAAAGUUCCCGCCUUCAGCCGGGAUGUAGAGCAGAGAAUAGGCCAGAGCCCCUCAACCAGACCCAAGCCAUCCGUCAGACCCAAACCACUUCUGACCAAAUCUGAACCCCAGACUCCUGAGAGGAUGGACAUCGGCUCUCUGAGACGACAGCUGAGGCCUACAAGUCAGUUUCGACACGGUCUCAAACCUGGACGGGGGGAAGACUCUGAAACGGCCUCGGUCAUUUCGUCAGAGGAUUCCAUGUGCUCCCACAGCACCUCAGAUCUCUCUUCUGUGUACUCCAAAGGGAGCCGGGGUGACUCGGACGUGGAAGGCCCCAAUCUCUACCGCUCCCUUGAUGCCUACAAGAAGGUCCAGGACUCUGAGAUCAGCUUUCCGGCCCGGGUGGAGGUCGAGGUCCUGGAGAAGCAGGAGAGCGGAUGGUGGUACAUCCGCUGGGGAUCCGAGGAAGGCUGGGCUCCCUCUUACUACCUGGAACCUGUGAGGCAAGCAGCUGAUGGAGGCCGGUCGGAAUCAGAUGGACAUGGGAGUGGUGGGAGUAAGUCCAACAGCCUGGAGAAAAAUGAGCAGCACGUUUUGGCCCUCAACAACAUCAACAUUCAGGGUCUGAACCAGCAGCACCAAGGUAUGAGAAGGAAUACUCCGCCGAUUCCUUCGAAACCUCCUGGGGGCUUCCAGAAGCCGUCUGGGAUGGUAAAUGGAGGUGUUCGGAUGAGAAAUGGGGUACGCCAGGUGGCAGUACGGCCACAGUCUGUGUUUGUGACCACCACACAGCCGGCCAAGGAUGCACACUACAUGACAGGCUCUCUGAGGCGCAAUGAAUCACUGGGCAGAAGUGAUCACUAUGGAUCUGGUUCCGCCACUCUCGGUGUGCGUAGAAACGCCUCCUUCAGCACCGUGCGGCCACAUGUAGUCGUCGAAAGUCAGACAAGGCCCGUCGAGCGCUCCAGCCUCGGGUCGUCGGGGAGCGCGUUCAGCACAAGCAAUGUCCAGGACGCCCUCAGCAGAGUUAGCCAACGCAACGGUAUCCCCGUGUCCACAGUCCGACCCAAGCCCAUAGAGAAGAGCCAGCUGAUUCACAAUAACCUCGGCAGGGAUGUGUACGUGUCCAUCGCUGACUACCGGGGCGAUGAGGAAACGAUGGGUUUCACAGAGGGCACCUGUUUGGAGGUUCUGGAGAGAAACCCCAAUGGAUGGUGGUACUGCCAGGUGCAGGACAGCCUGCUUCCCCGCAAGGGCUGGGUCCCAUCCAACUACCUAGAGCGGAAAAAAUGAAACCAUCCCCACACACUUUUCCCCCGUCUUUUGAUGUCUUCAAGGACAUGGGUGGCAUCAUUUCUUAAGAAUGUUACCUGCAAUCUCCCAUAAGCAAUAUGUCCUUGAAAAUGUAAAUUUAAAAAAAUAAGACUUUGUGUAAAAAAGAGAGAUGUUUAAAUCUGUUGAGGAGGAACACUUUUAGUGCUGGUUUACUAAAAUGUAUACACAGAGGAGAGUCAAGAUUUGUAAUAUUUUGGCAGGAUUGAGAGACAGAAAUGUGGGAUUGGUCACCCUUCAGUGAAAGUAUUUGAGGAGGACAGUGUCUGCGAGAUAAAAAAAAAAAAAGGAAAUGAAUGGGAGCGAUAAACCUCUUAAAGAGGUUUGCACCGCAUAAUACGGAAGUUGAGCAGGGUAAUGGCUAUGGCUUAUUCCUGCCCAUUUCUGACUAUGAUGGCCGAUAAGUGCCUUUUUGUGUUUGUUCACCUGAAUGGAGGUCCUAAAUGGUGGAUGGCAAAAACAUGAAACAACCAAAUCUUCUUCGAGUGCCAUAGACCGAUGAACACCACCGAGAGUAUAUCCAUAAGUAACAAAGAUCACCAAAAUAUAACGUUGCCCUGGAGCGCUCUCACUGGUCCAACAAGAUUUAGUCUCCAGAUUCACCAGAAAAUGUAUUCACCUUAAGCCACACAUCAUCAAGCACGCUAAAUCCCCAUGUUACUCACGUUAUCAACUUUUUUUUAAACUUUCAUUGUACAUGUUUUAACGUCUUCUGCCAAUGCAAGUCUUCCUUAGGGAAUUAUUUCUGCUCUCUUGUUACAUCUGUUUUAACGGACAGCCUUGAAUUGGAAAAAAGUAAAAACUCUUGCUCUAUGUUUAAACUAUCUUAAGAACUGGCUUAAUACACAGAAGAAGCCCAUUGAAAUUAGCAUGCUUUGUUUUAGAGCUUCAAGCUCCAAAAAAAUUGUUAAUAUCAGUGUUGUUUUUUGUUACCCAGAUUGAAAGAUCUGAAAAAAACCUGCAAAACUUGAAAAAAAGACAAAAAAGGAACAACGUUUUAGUUUUCUGGAUAAUCAAAGGAACAACCAUUAUCUUAAGAUCUCACCUCAUAUGAAGUGGUUAAUCACCCUGAAAAAAUGAACAACAAAAGGUUUACAUUUACUCUUAAUGCUUUCAGGGACAAGUAAUGAUAUAUAAAUAUGUAUGUGUUGUGUUUUGUUGACAUAAAAUGUAACCGCUGAUGAGUAGAUAUGAAAAUACUGGAAAUGCAGUGAAAUAAUAGAAUCCCAGGGAUAUAUAUGCAAAGCAUUUAGCCCAUAAUGUGAUCAACACCAAAAAACAGUCUUUUGUGUGUGAUUUUACGACUUAUUUAUGACACAAGAAACACAAUGAUUUAUAACUUCUGAACAGAAAACACAUUUUCCUGUCAGCACCUGGAAUCACUUGAUACUUAAUACAAAUGUAAAGAACAAGGUUAAGGAGGACUUUUACACAUUCUAAGAUUGGAAUAAUUUACCUCACAAAUAACUUUCAUUGUGACAUUUUAAAUACUUCUAUUUCUAUCUUGGAUCAAAAUUCAAAAAGGCUGAUGUUCAAGACUGCUGAAAUGGUUUUCUAACGAAAGUUGAGGCGCUCUUUAAGGCUGAACGCUAACUUUUUAUGUUUCUGCUGGACAGUUAUCAUAGUAUUAUACAAAGUACAGUACCUGCUAGAUCGCAGUUGUCUAUUUUAGUGAGGCAUAUUUGUUUUAUGUUUGUUUUUUGUUGUUCUUAAUUUGUUACCUUGUGAUCACACAGUGGCGAUAAUGAGGAACGAAGUGGUUCUGUUUUGUGAAUUAGUGCACUUUAAACCUGUUUUUAUGGUGCAUUAAUGUAAAGUGCAGUUAAUACUCAGCAUGUUAUUUAUUUUAGAUUUAUGUUUUAAUUAUUUAAGUACUGAGUUUUUUUUUCUAAUCUCAGCUCACAGAAGAGAUGGCACUGUUAGUGACAGUGACCAUGCUAAAGUUUGGAUAGAAUUGGAGAAACAGAGACCUCUUGUGGGCAGUCACAGGUACUACAACUUGAUUUUCUUUCAACAAGGCUUACAAGCCAUACUACCUCAGUGCAAUAGGAAAUGCACUGCUGGCCAGUGAGUCUCACAAUUACAGUGUACAGAAAUCUAGACUUUUUCUUCUUCAAAAAAAAUCUGAGUGCAGCUAAACUUUUUUUGUAGCACAUGUUUUUUUUAUUGGGCAAAUUUUUGUUUUAAAAUUUGAAAGAAGUUCCUUUUUUUCUAUGCUGUGUGCUGCAACUUUAGCAAAUCAUGGGUGCUUCCUUCAUCUUUAUUGUGCUUUACAUAAUGCCUGAUUUUAUGUAUAUUUAUUAUGAGGAGUUUUGUUCCUUAUCAUGGUUUGACAAUCACAUAUCCCCUGUUAAAAAUACACUGACGCUCCAGUCAGAUUAACAUUUUUAAUCAAUUAGGCUUCUUCACCUAAAUGUGCAAAAAGCAGCCUCAAUCUGAAAUAACAUUUGGAUGAGUAUUUGAGGUAUUUUGUCAUUCAUCUUCAUGAAUAAAAAGUCAAUUAAACCCACAUAAGGACCAAAACUGAAGAUGUUGUUAUCAGGCAACAUUCCCAUCCAGACGAAGGCAUUAUGUAAAUGUGUUGAAUCACUGGAAACAUUUUCUCUCCAGCACAUAUUAUUGUUACAUAGUGCUUUCUUUGAUAAAGAUGAUUUCACUUAGCUGAAAUAGCGAGGGAAUGGUUCUGUGACAAGCAUACAUUUUUCUGUUUUGCAUCUAUCUGCCCUCCUUCCCCCCCUUUCUUUUAUUUUUUUUGCUCUGUCAUAUCCUGAAAUGUACCUGCGAGGAAUUGUGCAAUAGAUAAGAAACACAUCAAGCUCCAACAAAGGUCACACAAAGGUCUGGAAGAUUUGUGAACAAUGCCAUUACAUCUGUUGGGUGUAGAUAUUGCCAGUCAAACUGCCAGUCAUGAUCUUUUACCAUCGUUCUAAGCGUAUCUUUUUUGAAGGGCACUUGUGAAAGGCCCUAUAAGCAUCAGAAAAAAGUCAUUGGACCAAAGCAGUUAAAUGUGACAUCUCAUCAUCUCCUGAAGUGAUGGACUUUUAUAAUUAACAAACAUGAGGAUCUGUUCUCCUCCUGCUCGGGAUCAGCAGUGGACAGAAUGAAUGAGCAGCAUGGCAGAAACCCGCUGACCCGUUCUGUAUUGACAUUAAAGCCACCUGGGGUCUUCUUCCAAGACGGCGAGUCAUGGGCCCAUGAUCAGGGGCCUCAGUGGCCCUGCUCUGAGCUGUCACGUUCGUGCCUGAAUGGAAUCUCAAUAGUUUCUUGUUUUUGUGUUGUUGUGUUUUUUUCUUCUUCUUUCUUUCUCUUUCCCUCUGGAGUGUGUCCUCUCUGCACCUACGCAGAUGUCUCUCUUGACAUUUACUCCACCGUUGUCACACUGAGUUCUGACUUUUCCCUCAACAAUCACCACGGCACGGGGGAGACAUUCGGAACCCGCCAGCAAAGAGACUUGGAUUGGGAGAGUUUCAGCAGUAAACAAGACAGCUGAUGAUGAAUGCUCCUUCAGGCCGUUUCAGUUCAAUCCAUCAACUUUCAGGUUCAACACCAAAAAUAGAAAAACCCUUUCUUUUUUUUCUCCCUUUGCUGAGCCCCAGGCAGGCCUGAUCCAUGAGAUACAGGUGAGCAUGUCAUCGUGCUAAAGACUGAGCGAGCGAACAGACCAACACACACAAUAUGUUGUAGUUUAAAUCCAACUGAAAAAAAAUCCUGUUUUUGCUUUUUUCACCAAUAGUUAGAUAUGAAUAUUGAUGCCUCUCUCAUGUUAUUAAAAAUGUUGUUAUAGCCUCCUUACUCUUAAAAUGCUUUAAAUCUAACUUAAAGAUGUAAAAGCAGAUUUUGUUAUAUCAAAUAUAAAUAAUUCUCCAGAAUGCCUCUAACCAAAGUCUGCUGUGUAAACUUGAAUUUGAGAAUAGACUUUGCAGUGUGCUGUGAACUUUCAAACUUCUGUAAAGAAAAACUCACUUCAGCAUAGACCGUCUCUUAAAUGAGGCAAAAAAAUAAAAAAGAAAUUGGACCAAAUAAAAUUCAAAGGAUUUUUUCAAAAAAUGUUUGGAGGAGAGCUUGAAAAAAAGAAGAAGCUUGAGACAGUAGAGAAUUGGAUUAGCUGUGAAGACCUUGUCUUCAAAUGUCAAGACUGGAGAGAAAUAAAAAACAUAAAUAAAAAGACAAGAUUUAGUUUUACAGCUUGAAGAUUAUAAAACAUGAGGAAGUAACUGCACUCAGCCAGUAAAUGGUCACACUUCUUCUUAAAUUAGAACUUGUAUUUCGUACUGCUUUGUUUUUGUACGCAGCAAAUGAGUGAGAUAUAUUGGUUUAAUGUGUAUGCUCUGGGGGAGCUUAUAAGGGGAUUUCUAACCUUUAAAAAAGAGCAAUGCUUGCAAUUAUCUCAGGCCAAGUCUUAAUGCUAAGCUCAGUUAACUACCUCUGGGCCAGCUUUACAUUAGGUGCACUGGUAUGAGAGCGGUAUCAAUCUUUUUAUCUAACUAUCAUCAAGGAAGCCGUUAAGUGUAUUUCCAAUAAUGCAGGGCUACACCUGUAAGCAACAGGAUUCUUAUUAAACCCGCUCAGCUUAUCUGAUAGACAUCAUUGGUUCUUUAACCUGCGUGCAGAAUGGAAAUGGAAUUGGUGGAGGCAGUAUUUCUGCAUCCUACCUGCACAGCUCAGCAUGUGCACACAUGCUAACACACACUCAGCAAUGAUGAGGAAAUCGUUCAUGGCAGAGGAAAUGCAAUAUGAGUUUCCUGACAUAUUCCUGAAAGGUCAGCCGGGUGAGACGGCUCCACUACACCAGAAACCCCGUUUUUAUUCCUCACUCUCGUUUUUAUUUUAACAAAUGGACGGCACCUCUCGAGCGUGAAGCACCUUAAACUGUGUAAUCCCAAACACUAGCUGCUGCCAUAGCAUAAUCUUCCUCCCCCCAUUCUGCUCUCUUUCUUUCUCUUCCUCAGCCGCACAUUUUAUAUUUCUCUGUUUCCUCGACACAGCCGAGCUAAGUCUAUUCCUGGUGAAGUGAUUGAGAUAUCUGGGUGGGUUGUGCAGGGAAAGAGUGGGGUGGGUGGGCGGGGGGGGGUUGUUUGUGUGCAUGUUUGUGUUUUUGCAUGAUGAGAUGGGUUGUUCGCAGGUGCACUCAGAAGAAAGAGAAUUGGGAGGUCAAGGGAAAGGAUUGUGAGAGGAGGAUGCAGGGAGACAUGAGAUGGAUCAGAUAGUGGAUUCUUUGAGACAAGGUGAGAGUGAGGAGAGAGGAGCUCUGCUUUGAUGAGAGGCAGAUGAAAGGCUACAGUGGGCUACACUUCCUCCAUGAAAACGAUGAAAAAUAAUUCCCUCUGACUCCUUCCAACCGCAUACCUAAUGAGCUCCUUGUGUCUAAACGGGAGCCGUGAAAUCUCAUCAGUCCAAACAAUGUUUUAAUUGCAGCACUUUUUGAAGCUGCUUUACCAGGAAGUGCAAGUCAGUCAGAGACGAGCGAGUUCACACUUCAGCAGCUUCUCUCUGUCUCGCUCUUAUUCCAGAGAGGAACUUUAAAAAUCUGAUCCCACGUCUGAUUUUUUGCUUCUUUUUGCUGUCAGUGUCUUCAGAUCUUCUGGAGCCCUGAGGGUGUGAGAGAGUUGGGCUGGAAGUUGAGAAAGUUUUUAUUUAUUUAUUUUUUUGGAAUGAGACUUAAAAAAAACAUGGCUCCAAAUGUUGGAUUCUCUAUCUCUUAUUACUUUGUGCUUUUUGUUGAGAAAAUAAUUGAGCGCUAUAUAAAAGUGUAACGAAUGAUUUGAAAGGCUUACUCACGUCAAAUGAAACGAGGCUUCAAUUCAUAAUAGGAAGAGAAAUCACCAAACGAAGAGAAGUCAACAGCAGCGAGCUCUGGAAAUGGUGUGAUUGCUGAGUUAAUAAAAGGCAGACGUUUGAUUGAAGGAGGCGUAGGUUUUUUUUUCCGAUAAGAAAGUUUGAGUAAGUGUGUGGGAGCAGGUGGGAGGUAUAUUUAAGAAGAUGAUUUUGUAGGUUUUUAAUUAACAUCUUGGUUAAGAAAAAUAAAAGGUAAGAAUAAGCUGCAGGACUUUUUUUCUCAAGCAGUUGGGGUGAAAAAAAUUCCAAAAGCCUGUGAAUCAGGGGAAGCUGAUUAUUUAUGUCAUUUUAAAAAAACUUCCUCACAGAAUCGCAGUUGUUUGACGCGCCAGCGGGCAUCAGUGGGGAAGCUGUCUCUGAGCUCCAGAAAAAGAGGCUGUGUCGAGGAACGAGGCGUGCAGCUGUGUCUCUGUGGCACUUUUCUCUGUCUCUGUUUGAAACCCCCAAUUCCCUAAUUAGCACAACAGUGUGUCUUAAUUAACCCCUAAACCUGUCGGAAGAUAUUCCAGCGCCAACAGCUUCCUAAUCAAGAACGCCACGGCUUCUGCCAUUCUGCGUUGGCGGCGUGCCGUGGUGGAGGUGAGCUGUCAAAAGUGAUUGAUUUUGGGUGUCACAGCUGAGGUAGAUUUAUAGAGGUGGUGCCUGUUUUUAGCCUGGAUGUUGCAUUUAUAGAAACGAGUUUGUCAUCGCCCUGCUGUGGAAAGCAGCGUGCCAAAAAAAAAAAACCCACUUGGAAGUUGAUGCCAUCAAGCAGUCUGACAAAAACAAUCUGUUACCAGCAUGUCUACCACACUAACAGACUCAGUAACAACUACAGGCCUCGAGUUGGACCAAAGGAAGUGCUAUUCUUUUCUUUUUUUAUCACCAUUGUUGUUAUUGCAAAUUGUGUUUCAUUGAACGUCUCUAAAACAACAUUUCAAAAAGGCAUGCUUUGAGCAAGCUAAGAAGGCUUUUUUUUAUCACUGCAAAUGUCAAUGAAUCAUCCAAUGAUGAGUCAUCUGCCCACCAAAUCCUGGUGAUGAAAGAACACUUAGUGUUCAAAUCCUAAAAACACUGUACAUCAGUGGACCAGGAUUACAAUAAAAGAGAGCUGACACGGCCCAUUUUCAGAUCUAAUCCAUUUUGCCCACGUGCAUCCUUUUUAAAACAGGACGUUUUCUUAUCUACCCUCUCAUUUUGACAGUUCUUGUUUCUUUUUUUUGUAUCUUGUACAUGUUUACAUUGUAUCUCGCAUUGCCCAAAAGAGAAACAAUAUUAAAUGUAUUAUCUUUGUUGUUUUAAA